CGCCGUAGGCACCAUGUCGCACAGGAAGUUCGAACACCCUCGUAGCGGCUCGCUGGGCUUCAGCCCCCGCAAGCGCUGCCGCCGCGGCAAGGGCAAGGUGAAGUCGUUCCCCCGGGACGAUGCCUCCAAGCCUGUGCACCUGACUGCCUUCAUGGGCUACAAGGCCGGCAUGACUCACAUCGUCCGCGAUGUGGAGAAGCCUGGCUCCAAGCUGCACAAGAAGGAGACCUGCGAGCCGGUCACCAUCAUCGAGUGCCCUCCCAUGGUCGUGGUCGGUGCGGUCGGCUACGUGAAGACCCCCCGCGGUCUGCGCUCGCUGAACACCGUCUGGGCUGAGCACCUGAGCGAGGAGGUGAAGCGCAGGUUCUACAAGAACUGGUACAAGUCCAAGAAGAAGGCCUUCACCAAGUACGCCAAGAAGUACAGCGACGGCAAGAAGGCCAUCGAGGCCGAGCUGGCCGCCCUGAAGAAGCACUGCUGCGUGAUCCGUGUGCUGGCGCACACCCAGGUCAAGAAGCUGGGCUUUGGCGUGAAGAAGGCCCACCUGAUGGAGGUCCAGGUGAACGGCGGCACUGUGGCGCAGAAGGUCGACUUCGCCUACAGCAUGUUCGAGAAGCAGGUGUCUGUGGACGCCGUGUUCCAGCCCAACGAGAUGAUCGACACCAUCGCCAUCACCAAGGGUCACGGAGUCCAGGGUGUCGUGCAGCGCUGGGGUGUGACCCGCCUGCCCCGCAAGACUCACCGCGGUCUCCGCAAGGUGGCUUGCAUUGGCGCGUGGCACCCUGCCCGCGUGAAGUGGACUGUGGCCCGCGCCGGUCAGCAGGGCUUCCACCACCGCACUGAGAUCAACAAGAAGGUGUACAAGAUCGGCAAGAAGGGCGACGCCAGCCACCUGGCCACCACGGAGUUCGAUGUGACCAAGAAGGAGAUCACCCCCAUGGGUGGCUUCCCCCACUACGGUGUGGUCAGCGAGGACUACCUGAUGAUCAAGGGCUGCGUGCCGGGCACCAAGAAGCGCGCCAUCACCCUGCGCCGCUCGCUGCUGCCCCAGACCAGCCGCAACGCGCUGGAGGAGGUCAAGCUCAAGUUCAUCGACACUGCCUCCAAGUUUGGCCACGGCCGCUUCCAGACCACCGAGGAGAAGCUCAAGACCUUCGGCCGCACCAAGGCCUAAGCGCUUGCAUGGACUGCUUCCUCGUGAACAAUCUAGCGGUUGCUGCAACCCCCUAGCUGGCGUGCUCAGCCUGGGGCGCAGCCUGGCAGGGCUCAUUGUGCGUACGGUGGCGGACUAAAGGAAGGAUGCGGGGAAGCCCCUUCGUGACUUUUGUUAAUUGCCCUACGUGUUAACUGCGGCCUCGCUACUUUGGUGGCAAUGGGUUAUCAAGAGGAGGACACACUUUUAUGACCACUUGCCACUGUCCGUACCAACCGUCAGGUUGCCUGGGGUCUCGCAUGAGAGUCGCGACAGCUUGCUGCUACUGCUACUGCUUGACGACACCAGACAGAGACGGAAAACACAAACCCACAGUGAUUGAUACCGUUCGGUAGCAAAUCAUGUCCGUACAACAGGCACAUCCGUACAACAAGCAUACUGCGCACCUGAUGGCUUCAGGCAGCACUGCAGAUUUGCAGCGCGGUACGGUAAUCCUGGCGCGGGA